GUUUCAGAGGCAUUCGGGAAUUCCACAAAAAAGAUCGAGGGGUGACCGAUAAGCCACAUUAUGUACGCUGGUCAUCCUAUUCUUGAUGAAAUCAAACAAGGAUUCAAGCUUCGGCCCACAAAGACUGUCGAUAAAUCGAAACCAGUGAUUUUAGCCGAAGGAGAAGAUGCAGACCAGAUUGCUCCCACAAAACGACCUGGAGCACAACCCCUUCCUCCUUCUGCACCUGAGCUGCAGAUCCCAUCUCCGGCAGAACCCGAUACAAAAUCUCCCAAGGCCUCACCUAAAUCAAAAGUCUCGCCUACUCCGAAAGCCUCUCCGAAGCCUGGACCCAGUUCUUCGUCUAGCCCGAAAGUAAGCCCAGGAGGUGCGCCUCCACCUCCUCCACCACCGCCACCAGGAUUCGGUCCACCGCCUCCUCCACCUCCACCAGGAGGCGCUCCGAGUGCUCCGCCACCACCGCCACCAUCUUCGGGACCACCUCGUUCACAAAAAGCAAAAUCCCCGGCACUUCCUUCGUUAGGAGGAAGAACUCCUGCCGAAAUUGAUAGGGAUGCAUUUUUGCAGUCAAUACAGGGAGGAAUCCGUUUGCGCAAAACGGUAACCAUUGAUAAAAGUGGAUUGAUUGUGGACGAAAGCUUGAAAGAGAAGAGUGUUAAACUGGUUGAACCGGCUCCCUCAACAGCAUAUAUCCCUCCAAAGAAGGACCCUCCCAAGAAAAGCGUCGCUUAUCAAAGACCCAGAUCACCUUACUUGCAAGAGCCGUCUGACGAUGAGAGAUUCUUGACUCCCACUGGCGGCAGAGGUUCCGAAUAUGGAACACCGGAACCAGACUCCCCUCGUUUUUCGAGGAAAACUCCUGAAAAGGAAGAGAAACCUGAUGCAGCCUUUGACGAGAAGAGCCUGAAAGUUAGCGCUGAAGAUCUCAAACAGGAAAUUCCAACCGGAACAGCAGCGAAACUGCUAGCUAAAUGGAACGUGUCACCAGAUGGCGCACCCACUAAUACAGUAAAACGCAACUUCCGUCCCUCUCCUGUCAGAAUUCCCUUCGAGGUGAAUAACAAUGGUGAUGUUGUACCGAGACCAAAGGCUCCUUCAAAGUGGGCACCGGUAGAGACAGGUGGUCUCAGACAGCCUACAAGAGUUAAUGUCCCUCUGGAUCGCAAUGACCGAGCGCACUCUGAGGUUCGCAGCACUCCAAGCAAUUCUCUUCUGCAAGAGCCUGCAUCGUUUGAAAGGGCUCGCACACAAAGUCCGACUCCACGCGAGUCAGCCACUGCUUCAGAAGUUCCCGCUCGUGAGAGCCGGAAAGAGGAAAGAAAGAAGGUUGCUGAGCUGAUUUCCGUAAAAACCGACUAUGCACCUCCAAUACCUAAAACAAAACCGCCUACAAUCAAUGAGAUUCCUCCCUCACCAAAAACUACUGUAACUACUCCCUACUCUUACAGCAAAAUUAGCGAAACGCGGAGAAAUAACAGUCCCACUGUAAAUUCGGAAAAAACUUCGCCUUCCCCGUCGUUGUCCUCGGCGUCUAUCCCUUCUCCUUCCUCUUUAUCUCCUGGAAGCACAUCACCGGAUAUGCCAAGAAAGAGAGUGAAUCCCGCAUUUGACAAGGCAAAGGAGAAGUUUGCUGGUGGAGCAGCAGUUGAAUCUGCCUUCAAAAUGGACAUGAAUCCGCCGAAGGAAUCGGUGCGGCGUUCAGCGAGUCCCAGUAUUGGCCUCAUGAAAGAGAAACUAGAAAGUGAAGAGACUACAAAAGUGAAACGGGUGAUCAACGUGCCCAUCUCAGCCCCUUGGUAUAAACGUUCGUUAUCUACAACGCAGGCUCCAGAGACAGGUCGUGCACAUAGAGUAGUAGUUAGAAUGGACCCGUUUUCAUCCCUAGAUGUCGACACAAUUCGAAGGAACUACCAAUUCAAUAUCGACUUGUCCAGCGACUCUCCUCUGUCUAUUGUAAAUAGAUGAAAUAUAUUUGUGUGGUUGCUCAUCCUUUUGAUGCUUGACGUCGUUUCCGAGUGUCCGAGCUGUGCGGGUUCGCCGUUCUGCUCUCAAUCCCAUUGCCCUAGCCGGUUGCGCUUUCAUGUAAACUUUAAUAGCUCGUCCGAUCGAAGAUUUUGCACAACGCUCGAAGAAAAACGGGCUCAGUUGGUCAAAGCCCCUUGCUUUCCCAUUUUUUGCGUUUUCCUAUCUUUCAUUUCGUCAGUCUCCAUAUAUUGCUCGCAUAGUGUCCAAGUUGUUUCAUCGUGUCUGACGUUCGAUGUUCGACCUUUUCAGGCGCAUUGCGUAUUCAUCGCUAAUCUCGUCGCUAGUCAUUUUGUUCGGCUUUUCUCUCAUAUAAAUUAUAGAUUCACGAGUUGUUGUUUAUAAUUGUAUGCAAUAAAGAUUUGGAAUUUUA